AUGCCGCAAAUGGGAAAAAGGAAAAGAGAAGACUCACAGAAGAGAAUCCUGAAAGAGCUACAAAAGCUCAAGAAGAAGAUAAAGAAAAGUGAGAAAAAGCGCAGGAGACGCGACCGAUCUUUGACUUCCUCGACGUCCAGCUCUGACGCUUCUCACGAAUCAAAAAGGAGGAAAGUAACCAGAUUCAGGAGUCCAUUCGAAAGCCGAAGCUGUCAAGAGCGUCAUCCUCGAGGUACGUCCCGUCAAACUUCUCCUUCACAAGAGCAGGGCGGAAGGCGUCACCCGAGAGAUGCGCCGAGCGGAGGUUCGCCUUCAGGCAGCACUAUAACUAAAAGUGACUCACGAAGCGUGUCCCGGGGUCGCUCAACAGACAGCUCAAGCAGGAGCCCUUCCUCAGAAAGUAAGCUGCGAGGUACGCCCCGCAGAAAUGGCUCUCCAACCAAGACCAGCGGAAGGCGUGACCCGCAAGAGGAUCUUGAUCCCUCCUAA